AUGAGACUGUGGCAGCCUAGUGUUGCAAGAAUCGCUCCCGUGCGCAAACUGCAGUCUUCCAAGGUGCCCUCGUCCCGAAUAGGACGUUUGUUCCACUACGGAGGUCUCGCUGCCUCACUCGGCUAUGGCGCUGCCGCCGAGCUCCUCCGUCGCACGACCAACUCGGAGGAGAAACGCUCGCCCUCGCUCAUGAUGACUGAGGGCAAUAUCAAGCGCCUCGUCGCGAAGCUCACGCAACUCCGCGGAGCCGCGCUCAAGCUCGGCCAAUUCAUGAGCAUACAAGACAGCCACGUUCUCCCACCCGAGAUCGAGGACAUCUUCCGCAGGGUGCAAGACAGCGCGCAUUACAUGCCGGACUGGCAGAUGGAGGCAGUGAUGCGAACUUCACUUGGCCCGUCCUGGGCUGACUAUUUUGAUUCUUUCGACCGUCUACCGUUUGCUGCAGCUUCGAUCGGACAAGUACACUCCGCCGUGCUCUCUGCAAGUUCAUCUCCGACGCAGAAGCCCGCAAAGGUCGCUGUCAAGAUCCAGUUUCCAAAUAUUGUGGACUCUAUCGAGAGCGACCUAGGCUAUGUGAAGAUGCUGUUGACUGCCGGCAGGCUGCUUCCGAAGGGCUUGUUUCUUGACAGGACGCUUGAGGUAAUGAAGGCGGAGCUCGCUGAGGAAUGUGAUUACACUCGGGAGGCCUCCUUCGCUCGUCAGUUCGCGCUGCCCUCCCACCUCGGAAAUGACCCGCGUUUUAAGGUGCCUUGGGUGUGGGAGGGUAGCACUGAGCGCGUGCUGGUGAUGGAAUACGUAGACGGGGUCAGCGUUGGUGGCUCUGUGAUUAACGCUUUGACUCAAAAAGAGCGUGAUGAUAUAGCCAGCGCGAUCGUUGAUCUCUGCUUGAAAGAGCUGUUCUCCUUCCGGUUGAUGCAGACAGAUCCAAAUUGGACGAACUUCCUGUGGAACGGCCGCACGCACAAGGUUGAGCUGGUGGACUUCGGCGCGACACGGGAGUACUCCAAGGAGUUCAUGGACAACUGGCUACAUCUCCUGCAGGCAGCUGCGAGCGACGACCCUGAUGCGUGCAUCGAAUGGAGUAUCAAGCUAGGAUAUCUGACAGGAAAGGAGAGCGACGUUAUGCUCGACGCCCAUGUCAAGUCGAUGACGCUCCUCGCUACGCCAUUCAAGGCGAGCGCGCCGCAGCCUGUCGCGUUUGGGCCCGGUUCGCAAUGGGCGAACAUCACUGCGGAGAUUAGGGCGCAGAUCCCGGUCAUGCUGCAGCACAGGCUGACGCCGCCUCCAAAGGAGACGUACAGUCUCAACAGAAAACUAAGCGGAGCUUUCUUGCUGGCUGCGCGUCUGAACGCCUCGGUCGACUGCAGGACUCUGUGGAACAACGCUACAUCCGGAUACAAGUUCGGACCUGUGCCUGAACGGUAG